UUUGUGAUUUUGACAAAAAAACGACAUGGAAGAACACUUAACUGCAAAUUAUGUUGAACUAUCUAGCGAAAUUUUUGUGCCCGAGGACUGGCCGGUUCGCAGAUUCAAAAAAAUGCUAUUAUUAAUAGCUAAGAAAGUGAUUAAUAGUGAUGAUCACGAUAAGAUAGUCGUCCUUCGAGUAAACGAUUUACCUACAAUGUUGAUCCAAUACCAAAAUGCAAAUGGAAGUUACUACAUUUUUGAAAAAAUUUCCAAUCAAGAAAUAAGGGAUGCAUACAUCAUAGAUGUUGUCUUUAGUGAUGCCGCAAUGAUAAAUAACCCCAUGGAGGCUGGAGCUUCAACUUCAGGAAAUUUAUCAGCGGAAACGAUCGAUGAAAAUUCCAAUAAUGAGGUAUCAGUUGAUGACUAUGUUGUUUGUACCAGUCAGAAUGAUCAUGGAACAACACAUCGUAUCAUGCCAGUCGCAGAAAUUGCACAGAUGAUGAUGUGUCUUGAGAUAAAUACUGCACAUGCAGUAGAUCCACAUGCGUCAGGAGGAGCUUUAUUGUAUGUAUUGUUUAAAACAAUAUAAUAUCAAUUAAUAUUCACUUACAUUAUACAUUCUUAGAGAUUUUGUGACCAAUCAACUUGGAACUGGUUUUGCGUUGCAUAGAUCUUGACCAUGUUCGGACUAUUAACAUAUUUCUAACGACGUAUUAUUUCUCUUUCAUUACAGGGAGGUUCUGCGCUUCGAAGCACAGCGUUUACUCGUAGACAUUGGGAUAUUUUUAAUAUUUCUCAUGAUAGUAGUCUCUGUGAUCGUCUAUAAGUUCUUGAAAAAUGAACCAUCUGAUGGUUUAUUUGAGUAACGCUGUUUAUUCAGAUUUCUGUAAAAAAUAAUUGCGGUUUUGGUGUAAGAAUUUGGGAAAUAAAAUAAUAUUCUAAAUAUAACUAGAAUUUCAACAUUAAUUCUUUUAUUUUAGUAACCACAUCAUGAUUAAAAUAUUUAUGGCCGUCUUUUAAUUGUUACCUCUGGUUUUGUUUACUACUGCAGAUUCUUUUUGGUUGCAGAGUAUGGAAUUAACUAGAGGGCAAUACUGCGUUGUAUAAUUUAUAGAAAUGCUUUUCUUGGACACGGAAAAAUAUCAAGUUGUACCAGCUUCAUGGAUUUCGCCAGGUUCAAACGAGCAGCAAGUUUUGGUAGCAUUCCCGUUGAUGAACAAAAAAAAAA